UACAGCGCCCGUCGCGCACCCAACGUGUCGCAGUACAUUGCCAACCUGAACACCGUCCCCUCCGCCGCCGACCUGGCCGCCCAGCAGGAACUCGGUACCUUCGAUGAUGACCUGGCCAUCUUCACAAACACCCAAUUCUUCGACUUUGAGAACGACAUGCCCGCGUUCGCCGACAUGCCUCAGCAGCAGUCCCCCGCCAACAUGCAGCCCGACAUGCACAAGUCCCUCGAUUUCGGAAACGCCAACAACUUUGCCUUUUCCGACUUCAACUUCCAGCAGCCGCGCCCUCACGCUCUGCCAACCUCGCCGCCCAAUGGUCUUGCCAUCGCUCCCUCACCCACUGCCCGUCUGGAUUUCCCUGUCCAGCACGCAGCUCGCAUGGCUCAGCCCCAGGCUGCUUUCUCCCACCCUUCUCCCCAAGUAGGAGAGAAGCGCAAGUCGACCGUCGCUGCCAUGUCGUCGCCUGCUGAUCUCGAGGACGAAGGCCGUAUGGCCGCCGAGGAGGACAAGCGUCGCCGCAACACUGCUGCUAGCGCCCGUUUCCGUGUCAAGAAGAAGCAACGUGAGCAGGCGCUUGAGAAGACUGCCAAGGACAUGUCCGACAAGGUCCAGCUCCUCGAGGCUCGCGUCAACCAGCUCGAGAUGGAGAACAAAUGGCUCAAGGGCCUCAUCACUGAGAAGAAC